ACUCGGAGCCGGAGGUUUGUCAUUGGCGCACGCUGGAGAUGUUGUAACUUGAUUUCCGCGGCUGUAAGAGGGUCACGUUUGUACUGUAAGCGCGAGAAGAAUUAAUGUAUUUGUUUCAGGCAUCUUUAGCAUCUGGUUUCAUACAGGCUGACCAUGCUCAGGACGGGGGUGUGUCGGGCGGGGAGCGGCCUUUUAAAGCAUUCGUGGCAAACCGUGCCUGCGUCGUGGGGGAGCCGAGUUCAGCAGCGAUGGGCUUCCAGCCUCCCUAUGAACACCGUGGUUCUGUUCGUACCCCAGCAGGAAGCUUGGGUAGUGGAGAGGAUGGGCCGUUUCCACCGAAUCCUGGAACCAGGUCUAAACUUCUUAAUUCCAAUCUUGGACCGAGUUAAAUAUGUUCAAAGUCUCAAAGAGAUAGUGAUAGAUGUGCCAGAGCAGUCAGCAGUUUCCCUCGACAAUGUGACAUUGCAGAUAGAUGGAGUUUUAUAUCUCAGGAUACUCGACCCGUUUAAGGCCAGUUAUGGAGUGGAGAACCCAGAAUAUGCCGUCACCCAGCUGGCACAGACCACCAUGAGAUCAGAGCUGGGAAAACUGACCCUGGACAAAGUGUUUAGAGAAAGAGAGUCUUUGAAUUCCAAUAUUGUCCACUCGAUAAACCAGGCCUCAGAUGAUUGGGGGAUUCGAUGUCUUCGAUACGAGAUCAAAGACAUUCACGUUCCUCCACGGGUUAAAGAGUCUAUGCAAAUGCAGGUGGAAGCCGAGCGGAAGAAGAGAGCCACCGUUCUGGAGUCAGAGGGGACGAGGGAGGCGGCCAUCAAUGUGGCCGAGGGUCGCAAACAAGCUCAGAUUCUGGCGUCUGAGGGAGAGAAGGCUGAACAGAUUAACAGAGCUGCUGGUGAAGCAAAUGCUGUUUUGGCUAAAGCUGAGGCAAAGGCUAAAGCUAUCCGGCUGCUCUCCGAGGCGCUCACUCGAUUGAAUGGAAACGCUGCAGCAUCUUUAACUGUGGCUGAACAGUACGUCUCUGCUUUCUCCAACCUGGCCAAGGAGUCCAACACCAUCUUACUGCCCUCGAACACAGGAGACAUCAGCAGCAUGGUCACUCAGGCCAUGGCGAUUUAUGGGAGUUUAUCAAAGACACAGAGCACAGCAGACAGUGUGACCCCUGAGACUAAAGAGCUGACUUUGGAAGGAAACACUGCGUCUGAAACUGGAUAUAAAUAAUGUCUCAUUCUGGGAUAAAAGACAGAAACUGUUGAUACCGCAACGAUUCUGGUUGUGAAGGACUGAUGCAGGAAAACUGAAAUGAUAAAAUCACUGAAGCACUGUGGCGUCCUGGAGUAACUACACAAGAAAGAUUUGAUUGUGUUUAUGUUUUGUUUCCAUCUAUUAUAAUAAAUUUGGAAAAUAUCGUUUUUCCUGAUAAUCACUGACCCAGUGCUUGUAUGAAAGGUCAUUCAUCAUUCAAAUAUUUCUGCUAUGCAUAUUUUCAAUAAUGAAAAUAUUUAACAUGCUAAUAAUAUUCAUGCAAUCCAAAUUAAUCACCAAUGAAUGAAUGAAAUUGUGAACUGCAGAACAUUGGUAAAUGCUGUAUCGCCGUAAACACAGCUUUUUUUCCAAAACCGAUGUAUUUUCAGAGUUAAGGUGGGGU